AUGGGUUUCUUCAAUCGGCGCGCAGCGCCCAUUGACGCUGACACCACCACGGCAACUGGCACGCACGAGAAGAAGCCGGGCAUCUUCAGUCGUCGACAUGGCGCCGCUACAACCGCCUCGGGUGCCCCGGCUUGGAACACUCGCCCGACAUUCGGCCAAUGGAUCAAGGCCACCGCCUUGGACAUUGUCACCAUGGCCGCCAUGGGCGCAGUCGGUUUGGGCGUCUACCACGCAAAGCCCGCUCCGAGCCGCAGCUUUCCAAUCACCUUCCAAGACGGGGAAGUCGUCUAUCCCGACUUCGCCUACCCUAUGAGGCACGAGAUCGUUCCCAUCUGGGCGGCCGCUCUCCUGGCUGCACUCGUCCCCAUCGCAGUCUUUCUCAUCUGCCAGAUCCGUGUUCGGAGCUUCUGGGACCUGAACAAUGCCACAAUCGGUCUCCUCUAUUCGCUCAUCUCGGCCGCCGUCUUCCAGGUCUUCAUCAAGUGGCUCAUCGGAGGUCUGCGCCCGCACUUCCUCGCCGUUUGCAAACCGCAGGUUCCGCCCUUCAGUCUCCCGUCCGGCAACGGAUACCGCCAGAUAAUGUACGACCGGAAAGUGUGCACUGGCGAUGAGAAGGAGAUCAACGAUGCUCUCGAGUCAAUGCCCUCUGGACAUAGCACAGCUGCUUUUGCCGGCUUUGUCUUCCUGUAUCUCUACCUGAACGCAAAGUUGAAGGUUUUCUCCAACUAUCAUCCCGCCAUGUGGAAGUUGAUCGCUCUUUAUGCACCACUGCUCGGCGCUUGUCUGAUCGCUGGAGCACUCACCAUCGAUGAGUAUCACAAUUGGUACGAUCUUCUCGCCGGAGCAGUCAUCGGAACUGUCUUUGCCUUCUCCUCGUACCGCAUGGUGUACGCAUCGGUUUGGGACUUCCGCUUCAACCAUAUUCCCCUUCUUCGUCACUCACCCUUCAUUUACGGCGCCGGUCCCUCGACAUAUGACGGAUUCCACUCCGCUGUGUUCACUCGUAAGGCUGGAUGGGGAGAGCAUGACGGCGGCGCAUGGGGCGGUGCUCCGUUUGAUGCGGCAGACGGCCCUCGAGGCACUAUACCCGCUGGGACUGGCGAUCUCACCGGCCCGGCUGCUCAUGCUGCUCACCAUUCGAUUGACAGGAGGCCCGUCGGAGCUACCAGGUACGGCGAGCAGGCCGUCUAGUACGAACGAGCGGAAUCGAUGCAGCAUUACAGGCUAAUUGAUUAUUGGCUGAUGAUGGAGCAACAGGCGGAGAUUAGUAAUUGGGAUAGGGGCAGCAUGGCUAUGCCUUUCUUAUUUUUCUCUUUCGGGUGCUUCAACUAGGUGACUGGUGGUUUCUUCAGGGGAAAGGAGUAAUGUGCAGUAGCGUGAUACCACUCCAGAGCUGAUAGGAUGACAGAAAUAAUGAUUCUCCAUUCCUAUUGCUCCGCUUUCAACACGACCAUUAUAUAUUAUGGGUCUGAUUUGGGGAAUUGAAAAAAACUUCAAGCAAAACACGAGAAUAGCGAACGCAACCUGUCUCUCCUCCUGGUACUCCACUUCCCUCGUCUGUUUAUACCACUUGGCUCGUCGUUACGAAUGGAGGAGGUGGUGGAUUGGCCAUCCAGCUGGAUUCCAUGCGGCUGACGGAUGUGAAACCGAAUAAGCCGCCAGGCGGUCGAACGGGGGGGAUAUAGAG